AUGAAAACGUGGUACGAGACAGAUCGAGGAAGCUUGCACGUUUUAAUCGGUGUUUCUGGACGACAGCCUUGCUUUUCACGCACUGUCUAUUUAACCUUGUCUCUUAAACGCUUCACAGAACUGUUACUCCUACUACAACCAAGUGCAACGCCUUGCCUAGAACAUUUAACUGUGACGUUUGAACGUAAUGAUUCAACUGUUUGUAAUUUAGAACAUUUUUAUGAACCCAAGAACAUAUUGACCGAGUCCUAUUUAGUAACAAUGAAUGUGAUGCACUUACAUACACUUACAUUGCGUGGUAGUGGUGAUAGUGAUUUUUCGAUGAGCAAUAUCUUGUUGAUUAUUCGCUAUUUGAAAAUGCCCAAUCUCAAAUCAUUGACAUUAAUUCACGUGCAGACUUCAUUAUUGAAUCAACUCAUCGAAUUUCGACAAGCUAUACAUUCAAGUUCUCUCUGGCUCUCACUCAAUUAUUUCCGUUUCUCUUUGUGUCUGCCUGUUAUAUUACGUUAUGAAUACGAAGCGACCGAAUUCGGUGAUGUAGUUUUUAACACUAGUGAUUGGCUUGCAAGAGGAUGGUACGUACGUCAUAUCAUUGAAGAACAUUUGCCUUCUGCAAUGUUAAUCGUCUAUACCUAUCCAUGCGAUUUACAAAAUGAUCGUAUCUUGAUAAAUCAUCAAUUUGUUGCACGUACUAUCGAUCAUGAUCGACAAACAAAUGUACAACAUAUGGUAUGGUUGUGCAGAAAUAGUAAUAUUGACAACAUCAAUUUACAUUCAUCGGACACUGUUGAACAUAGUUUUCGAAUUCUCUCUCGUGUAUAUCACUUAAAGUGGCAUUGGUACAUGUCACCAAUUGGAUUUUCAGCAUCGGAUUUCAUGCAGCGCAAUUCUUAUUCUCCUCCUCUUCAUCUUCGUUCUAUACAUCUUCAAGUAAUUGGUAUUGAUGAUACACAAGCAGUAAUUUAUGCAAGUUUACUACGAAAUUUGCUGACAAACGCAGUUCUUCUUCAAUGUCUGAGCGUUCCAUGGAGCGUAGUACGUGAAUUAGGUCGUUGUUGCUCUUCUUCGGCACCAUCGUAUCGUCUUGGAAGUUUAUUUUUGCACUUUGGACGGUCACAACCCAGUGUUGGACAACCACGACCCAAUUAUGAACCAGUAGAUGGUUCAAUGCUGACUCUACUAUUUCCGCGUCUACGUCAUUUGUCAUUGUAUGGAGGUUUUUAUCUAAUGGACAAGCCACUGGUCAAUAUGUUACAGAAUCUGAUUGAUUCUUUUACUUCUGUCAAUCAUUUUUUUAAUAUGCUUCACGUAUCGUGUACAUUUGUUCGUGUAUCUCCAUCUCCACGAAAACAUCUUGUAUUAACUGAAAUUCGCAAACGACUUUCUCUUACACGUGACAGCUCAACUUUUUCAUUGUAUACUUGGGAACACUAUGGUGUUGGUCAGCUGACUAUUUGGCUGUAA